CUUCUUGUGUUCUUCUUCUUCAUCUCUAUAGUUAUUACCGGGCAAAACAAGGCCGAGAACCGCCCUGCGACCCAGUCGAGUACUGCAUUAGGAGGAGUCGCUAGCCGCGCUGUGGAUGGAAACAGAUUUUCCCGCUUCUCGGGUAACUCCUGCACCCACACGCAAACGGAGUCGAACCCGUGGUGGCGAGUCGACCUGGGCAGCAGUCAGUGUGUGGCCUGGGUGCGCAUCUACAACCGGGAAGACUGUUGCCAGGAAAGGCUGGACGGCUUCACGGUUCACGUGGGCGACAACCCCGACGUGCUGGCCAACCCUACCUGUCCCGGGGGACCGUUCUCCAUCAGCAGACGCACGAACAAUAAGGGGAUAAACUGUGGCGGACUGACCGGCCGAUAUGUGGGCGUAGCUCUGAGAGGCUCCGGAAAAGUCCUGACACUCUGUGAGGUGCAGGUCUUUGGAGAGAGUAGGGGCCGGAAGCGAGGAGGAUAUUAUGGAGCACUCACAGGUACAGGGGCCCAGGACAACGACUUGGAGAUGGAAGCCUUGGAGGAAGACGCCUUUGAGGAAGACGCCUUUGAGGAAGACAUCUUGGAGAAAAAAGCCUGGGAGGAAGAGGCCUUGGAGGAAGACGCCUUGGAGGAGGCAGCCGAGAUCGAAGGCUUGAAGGAAGAGGUCUUGGAGGAGAUAGAAGCCUUGGAGGAAGCAGCCUUGGAAAAAUAGGCAUGCCAGAAAGGCGUCAACAAUGGCUAGUGACGCCCACGAUAUUGUGGCUUAAACUUCAAGUGUCUACGCUUUAAGUAACUUUCAGUAACUUAACUCUCAAGGAACUUUGAAUUAGUGAUUCCAUGGCAGCGGGUUAAGACACUGCAGUCUUGUCUUAACCUCUAAGUCACUUGACACUCCAUGACUUAACCCUCAAAUGACUUAGUUAUCCAGUGAUUUGAAUUGAAAGGGACUUAAGAGAAAGUACCAAGUAGGGUUAAUCAUAAUUCCUCAAAAGUCUGACAUACUUUCAUAUGCACAAUCAUUAUUGUCAAAGAACAGACGUUACUAUGACAAACCCACACACAAAAGUCGGUAGAUAACUUGAGGAUUGAGCAUACAAUAAUUCUAAGAAUAAGCUUAGUUUUUUUUCUGUUUGAUUAAGAUCUCCAUUGGUGUUAUUUAAAUUUUACACUAUUCUUCCUGGAGUCCUCAAGGGUGAUAAUG